ACCAAAUAGCACUCGCACCUCUCACAGCGAUUAGAAAUUAGACUUUUAUAGGAGAUAGGAUUAAUAGACUGUAUUGAGAGGGAGAGUGUCAGUUUUCUGUGAGCAUUCUUGGAUACAGAAUGGUUUGUAUGUCCUCCCUAUUGCGUCUUCCUCGAUUGGUGCGAAAUCGUGGAGUAUUUUACAGGUUCAGCAGUACAUUGACGAGUAAUCAAGAAAAGGAAAUUUCGUUCGCUGACCAUCGCACUGCCUAUGCCCAUUUGAGCCGCGCUGAAAUUCUAAGAGCCUGGAUCGUUCUCAAGUUAUGCUCUCUCGAUUUUCUAUUGCAAAACAGCUUAAAGGUACUUGAAACCAGUAAACGAGUCUUUGGGCGAGGAUUGUUAGAAAAGAUCCUUCGUCCAACCCUAUACGAUCAAUUUGUUGCUGGAGAUGAUCCACAGUCGCUGAAAGAAACGGCAAACAAGUUAAAACAGCUUGGUAUCAAACUAAUGAUUCUUCCUUCACUAGAAGAAGAUAUCGGACAAAAAAGUGAUCAAAAUCGCUACAAUGAUAAUGUGGAAGUUACACUGAAGUUAGCCGAAAUAGCUUAUCAGCAUGGAGGUCCCCUUUCUUGUCUCCAAACGAAAAUCACCGCAUUAAUCAGUGCCGACUUGUUGCUGAAAAUAGCGGAACGCAAUCGGGAUAAGGAAGAUCAAUUUUGCACGAUAUCGUCAUGGGCAAAUUAUAUGUUGGGCGGAUCAUUCACUCCCGUCUCGUAUCUCAAUAAGCAAGAAAACAUUGAAUUGGAAAUGGGCCUUGAACGGUUAAAAAGCGUCGGCGCAUUUGCAUCCGGACUUCAACUACGUUUACUUGUUGACGGUGAGUUUACUUAUCUGAACCAAGCCAUCUCAAUCGCCGCUUUAUCCAUGGCUGGCGCUUUUAAUCAAACAAGACCUGUGGUUUGGAAUACCUAUCAGUGCUAUUUGAAGGACGCCUUUGACAAGAUCUGUGGCGAAUUUGAUGUUGCCCGGCGAAUGGGAGUUGGAUUUGGAGCUAAAAUCGUAAGAGGUGCGUACCUGGAACGCGAGCGCCUUUUAAGUGCUGAAGGAAACUAUCCUGACCCGACAAACCCAUCCUAUGAAGCGACUUCCGCCGUUUACGAUAGGGUGGUGCAGCAUAUGGUGGAACAAGUUGCCGCCCUUGGAGGACAACGUUGUAAUGUGAUCGUUGCUAGUCAUAAUGAAACAUCUGUAUUAAAAGCGCUGUCGAAAAUGGGAUCGUUGGGUAUUCUACCCACAGACAACACUGUCGUUUUUGGUCAAAUUUACGGAAUGGCCUCCAAUAUCACCGUGAAACUAGCUUCUGAAGGAUACAUUGUGUAUAAUUCCGUGCCGUAUGGUUCGCUAUUUGAUGUGCUGCCUUACCUAUCACGUCGGGCAACGGAGAACCGCGCGGUUCUCAAAGGCACUAGACGGGAACGGACGUUAUUGGCACGGGAGCUGAGGGCUCGUUUUCUUGGUUUUUGACUUUGCGAUUAGGUUUUAACAUCUAACAAAUUUUUGUUUCAUUUUUUAAAGCAUUUUUUUUAUUUCAUAGCAUACUCAACAACGUAUUAAAUUUAAUGGUAGAAUGCUGUUAAGACGAAUCGCUUUGAGGAGCGAAGUUUUAGCUUCUGUGUAGUCUCGAAUUAGAUAGUUAGCGUCACUGUAUAUUUCGACGUAAAAAAAAAGAAUUAUCGGUA